CGAGGGCGGAGUCGAGUUUUGGCCAAUGGCGUGCGAGGAUCGGUUGGGCUGGGCUUAUCCGCGCUGUGGUUUUUGAAACCCGUUCAGGGUCCGCACGGGGAGCGAUGUCGCGUGUCGGCUCAAUGCGGGGGCUCGGCAACCCGAACAUCCUCAACAAGAGAGUGCCGCAGAACCCCAAGUAUAAGAAUGUCAAGUCUAAGCUGGACACGGGAAGCAGCCUCACCAAGUAUAUGGAGAGAUUGGAAGAUAUGAGGACCAGUAAGUCAUACACCACAGUGUACAGAUUAUUAUUGCUGAUUAAAUACUGCCUACAAACGUGGGUUUCAGAGUUACAGAAUCCACAGAUAUCCAUAAUUUUGCUCAUAGUUCUGCAAGUUGCUUCACUUACUGAAGAUCCCACAUUGGGGGAGAUCAUGCAAAUGGAAGGGCCGUCGUGCCCUCAGACAGACCGCCUCGACACGCCGAGCGGAGGCGACGCGGUUGUGGCGACUGCUCGCUCCACACUACAGAGUGUGAUCAGUGGGCUCGGGGAGAUGGACCUGACAGGGACGAACGGCUCCGCAGAGAAGCAGCAGCCACUGUCGCUGUCUCGACAGCAGAAGCGCAGUGAGGCUUCCAAAGAUCAACCCUACCCUGACUGCCCGUACCUGCUGAUGGACCUGCGUGACAGAGAUGCCUACGAGCAGUGUCACAUCAUAGGCGCGGCCAGCUACCCAAGUGCCAUGCUGUCCCGGAGUUUUAAUCAAUACACCAAGGAGAUGCUUGAAUAUAAAAAUGCUACGGGAAAAAUCAUCAUUGUUUAUGAUGAAGAUGAGAGGAUUGCGGCGGUGGCAGCCACGACAAUGUGUGAAAGAGGUUUUGAAAAUCUCUACGUUCUUUCCGGAGGUCUAAAGGUGCUAGCCCAGAAGUUUCCUACAGGCCUGACGACCGGCUCCCUUCCGCCCCAACUGCUGGCGCCACCCAACCGGAAAGCGAGACCGUCCCGCCCCUCCAAUUCCUCCACUUCCCCGGUGACCCCUGUCGUGCCGGACAGCCCAGUGUCUGCUGGAAACAAGCAGCGCUUUGGAUACGAUGAACUGGAGCGCAUCCGACACUACCUGGAUGACGGCUUCACCUUGUCCGACACGAGCAGCCAGUUCAGUCGCGCAUCCACCUCAAGGUCCCUGGGCAGCGCCACCUCCUCCAAGGCCCCCUCGACGGCCGGCAGUAUCAGCGCACGGUCACUGAUCAGCUCUGCGGCCACCGUCAAGCCGUGGAAGUGACGGCGCCUGCUCAAUAUGCCAGGCGGUGGACACACCAUGUACAUGUCUGUCCUCUGCUGCAUGUGGGCCUCCACCCCUUGCAAAUAUUGGGGUUAUUUGACCAUACUUUUAUCACGCCGGUCAGUGCCGGUUCAUGAAGGUGGGAAGCUUAAUUGUGGGAGCAUUGUACGGCAUAGCAGUGGAUUUUGCUGCUUUGUCCUCUUCUGCCCAUAUUGUAGCCCCAUAGCAGCGUGUAACACCCAGUUCAUGCGUGUUGGUCACCCAAGCACUCUUCAGGCGCCUGCUUAGCUUCCAUGGUC